GGGCCUCGCUGCGACGGCCGCGCCUGCAACCCCCGCAUGGGGAACCUGAUCCUGGGGCGCCGCGUCCUGACCCAGACGGCGUGCGGCCUCAACGCCACCGAGCGCUACUGCUCCUACCACGCCGACGGCUCCGCCCCCGGCCGCGCCCCCAAGUGCUCGGCCGCGCCCAAGUGCGGCAAGUGCAACGCCGCCGUCCCCCACCUGGCGCACCCGGCGGGCGCCAUGGCCGACUCCUCCUUCCGGAAGCCGGGCACCUGGUGGCAGUCGGCGGAGGGAGCGGAGCCGGAGACGGUGCAGCUGGACCUGGAGGCGGAGUUCUACGUCACGCACCUCAUCCUGGUGUUCCGCUCGCCGCGCCCGGCCGCCAUGACGCUGGAGCGCUCGCGGGACUUCGGCCGCACGUGGAGCCCGCUGCAACGCUACGCCCGCGACUGCGCCGCCGCCUUCGGGGGGGAGGGGGUGGGGGGAGAGGGGGAGGCUGCAGGGAGGAGGACGAAGACGAAGGGCAGCCAGGUUCCCUGCACCUCCAAAUACUCCGGGGCGUACCCCUGCACCAGAGGAGAGGUGAUCUACCGCGCGCUGUCGCCCUGGAGGGCUCUGGACCCGUUUGGCGCUGAGGCGCGCGAGUCGCUCGCCGUCACCAACCUCCGCGUGCGCCUGCUGCGGCACCAGACCUGCCCCUGCCAGGUCAAGAGCCCCGCCCCCGCCGCCGGCGAGGCCCCGCCCCCCACCCGCCACUUCGCCAUCUACGACCUCAUCGUCAAGGGCAGCUGCCUGUGCAACGGCCACGCCGAGACCUGUGAGCCCGCCCCCGGCUACCGCCCCGUCCGAGACCGGACCAAUCACGUGGUCCACGGGAGGUGUGUGUGUCGUCACAACACCGCGGGACCCCACUGCGAGCGCUGCGGGGAACUCCACAACGACCGGCCCUGGCAGCCGGCCGACGGCCUCACCGGGGCCCCCCACGAGUGCCAGAAGUGCCAGUGCAACGGCCACGCCCACAGCUGCCGCUUCGAUUGGUCGGCGUGGCGGGAGUCGGGCCAGCGCAGCGGGGGCGUGUGCGACUGCCUGCACCACACCGGGGGCCGCCACUGUCAGCGCUGCGGCACCGGCUUCUACCGGGACCCCCUGAGAGCCCACACCGCCCCCGACACCUGCACACCGUGUGGCUGCCAUCCAAUGGGCUCGCUGCCCUUCCCCUCAGCCGGCGACGCCCCCUGCGACCCCGCCAAUGGCAACUGCGUCUGCAAGCCGGGGGUGGGCGGGGCCCAGUGUGACAGGUGCAUGGUGGGAUACUGGGGCUUCCACGCGUACGGCUGCCGGCCGUGCGACUGCGCCGGGGGCUGUGACCCCUUCACCGGAGACUGCGUGCUGAGCCCUGACCUGUACAACCUGGAGGGGAACUCCAGCGAGCACGGGCGCAUCUUCAGGCCUGAGGAGCUGUUCUCCGCCCUGCACUACUCAGAGAAGUGUGAGUGCAAAGAGCAGACGCUGACCAAUCACAAGCUCUUCUGCGCCAUGAACUACGCAUACGUGCUGAAGGUGAAGGUGUUGUCCGCCCACGACAAGGGCUCCCACGCCGAGGUGGAGGUCAAGGUUCAGAAGGUCCUUCGGCAGGACACCAGGGUGCGGCAGGAGGGCGGGCGGGUCACCCUCUACCCCGAGUCCUGGACCGCCCGGGGCUGCACCUGCCCCAUCCUCAACCCAGGAGCUGAGUACCUGGUGGGGGGCCACUCGGACCGGAAGGCGGGCCGUCUGCUGGUCAACAUGAAGAGCCUGGUGCUCCCGUGGAAGGCUAGCCUGGGCCGCAAGCUCCUCCCCCUGCUCCGCAAGGACUGCAGCUGGUAGCCGCCGCCGCCGCCGUGGAAACAGACGGACAGACAGAGGCGGGGGAGAGCGACGGACGGAGGGAGAGAGGGGGCGAACCAGAAGGAGUUAACCGCACAGCUUUGA